GUGAUCGCCGGGCCGGGAGGGGCGCGGCCAAAUGAGGUGCCCGGCGGCAGCGGCGGAGGGUGGCGGGGGCCUGGCUCCGCGCCGAGGGCUUCUCAUCGUGGGUGAACAGCCCCAGAGGACCAGCUGAGCCCGUGAGUCUCAGAUGCCACUCCGCAGAGCCAGGCCAGCGUCAGAGACAGUGUCCCUGGGGUCCGGCCCAUCGCCCACUAGCCCCAUGGCCACCAAAGAGCCACCGCUGGCCAGGCUGUGCGCCCAGGUGGACCUGUGUUUGGGCUGCUCCCGCUGCACCCAGCGCCUCAAUGAGAGCACCUACCUCCUACGCGGGGUGGAGCAUAGCUGCCCCCGCGAGAUCCUGCUGGCCCGCUUCAAGCGAGCCACCAAGAGCAGGGUCUGGCGCAAGGUGGACCGCCGGCCCAGCUUCCCACGGCCCGCGCGCUAUGCAGUGUGCCGCUACUACAGCCCGGGGCUCGGCUGCCGGCGCCACCACAACCAGUGCACCUUUGCCCGGAGCCCCGAGGAGGCGCUGGUCUGGACCUUCGAGCGCGAGCACAACCUGCACCGUCUGUGGCUGAAGGCCGCGGUGCAGGGUGACGGGGCCCAGAGCGAGCUGCGCGACCCGGCUGAUGCCAUCCGCGCUGAGUUUGGCGGCCACUUCCAGCUGCUCUGUUCCCACUGCUUCAGACGCUGCCCCCCGCGCCUCUGCCCUGUGGACCCCCAGGGGCGGUGCUCCAAGCAUGGAGCCUGCCCCUCGCUCCUGGCCCAUGUGAGCAGCGAGGGCUGCCACAAGCAGCAGGUCGUGGAGGUGCGGCCGCAGCCGCAGUACGGUCAGCCACUGGCCUACUGCAUGUUCGUGGGGCGCGGCCGGCCAUGCCGGCACGGGGCGUCCCGCUGCCAGUAUGCUCACAGUGCCGUGGAGAUGGCCGUGUGGGAGGCCGAGCAGCUGAGUGGGCUCCAGCGGGCGAACCUGCUCACGCCCCCUGCCCCGACGGGGCACAGACGUACAGCCCCCCAGGGCCAGCCCCCUAGAGACCAGCUGUACUGCCACGUCUGCCUGCUCACCUGCCACUCCCAGGAGGCCUUUGAGAACCACUGCUCAUCCCUGGAGCACGCGCAGAUGGUGGCCUCGGACCAGGCCACACCCUGGGAGCACCGCAGCCCACCCACUGGGCUCUCCACGUUUGAGCUCUGCCCAAGGCCCGAUCUCUGUGAGUACGGGGUUGUCUGCACCAAGGCGCAUUCAGAGCAGGAGCUGCAGGAGUGGGUGUCACGGGCACGGACUGUGAAGCUGCGGGAGCAGGCGGCCUGGCAGGAGGGGCUGGUGCCCUACCAAGUGCGGCUGCUGGAGGAGUAUCAGAGUAGCAGCAAUGAGAUCCUGGUGCUGGCCGAGACCAUCGACGGCGUGUCCAUCACUUGCAACCAGCCCCUGCUGCAUCAGGCACAGGAGAAGAAAACUCAGCACAACUGGAUGUUCACCAUCCACUCUGAGGAGCCGCUGCUCCACGUGGCCCUGCUCAAGCAGGAGCCUGGAGCAGACUUCUCGCUGGAGGCUCCCCGCCUCCCCCUAGGCCGACUCUACGCGCAGGGGGAGCGCUUCUGUGUGCCCGGCUCCCCAGCUGAGUUCCACGUGGGGGUGCGAGUGCAGAGCUCCUCCUUUGGCACCUUCGAGCAGUGGGUGGUCUUUGACUUUGGCCACCGGCCGGCACUGCUGCGAAAGCUAGGACUGCAGCUGGGCCAGGCGCACUGCCCGGGGCUCCGAGGGACGCCAGUUCCCGGCCACCCUGUGGAGCUGGAGCGCUGGCACCCUGGCAACCGCCAUGUGGUGCCCAGCGUGGCUCGGACGGCGGAGCAGGCAGCCCUGAUGGCCAGGUACAAGGUGCCCGCCCUGGCCCUGGACUUCAGUCGCAGUGGCCUGGCCUCAGGCCCCAUCUCCUGCACCAACUACCGGCAGAGGAUGCACCAGUUUCUCUAUGAGGAGGAGGCUGCUCAGCAACAGCUGGUGGCCAAGCUGAACCUUCAGGUCCCAGUGUCCCUGAGGACGGCACUGCAGACACCAGCCCUGGGCAUGCUCUUCCCGCCACCAGGAGCCCUCUAUGCCGAGGUCCCCAUCCCCUCUUCCCUUACACCAGACACAGACCAGGGCUUUCUGCUGGGCCGGGCAGUCAGCACGGCCCUUGUGGCCCCCGUGCCCGCGCCUGACCACACAGUGUUCGAGGUGCGGCUGGAGACCCGGGCCAGCUCAGAGCAGGCGCUGUGGCUGCUGCUGCCCGCCCACUGCUGCACAGCCCUGGGGCUGCAGCCUGAGGUCAGCCCGGUCCUGGAGGUGCAGUUCCAGAUCGACCCGCUGACCUUCCGCCUAUGGCACCAGGCAGUGGACGCGCUGCCUGAGGAGCGCCUGGUGGUGCCUGACCUGCUGGCCUGCACCCUGCCCCACCCUUGGCCCACCCCACCUGCCCUGCACGGCAACCGCAAGCAGAGGCUGGCCGUGGAGUUCAUCGCAGGCAGCAGCCCUGGGGGCGCACAGCCCAUCGCUCCGCUGCUCAUCUACGGCCCCUUUGGCACGGGCAAGACCUACACGCUGGCCAUGGCCUCCCUGGAGGUCAUCCGGCAGCCCCACACCAAGGUCCUCAUCUGCACGCACACCAACAGCGCGGCCGACAUCUACAUUGAGGAGCAUUUCCACGGCUACGUCAGCAGUGGCCACCCGGAGGCCGCUCCGCUCCGGGUGAUGUACACGGACCGCCCGCCGAGCCAGACGGACGCAGCCACGCUGCAGUACUGCUGCCUGACCGAGGACCGCCGGGCCUUCCGCCUGCCGACUUGGGCAGAGCUGGAGCAGCACCGCAUCGUGAUCACCACCACCUCCCAGGCCCGUGAGCUCAGGGUGCCUGCCGGCUUCUUCUCGCACAUCCUCAUUGACGAGGCUGCCCAGAUGCUGGAGUGCGAGGCGCUCACCCCGCUGCGCUACGCCUCGCUUAGCACCCGCGUGGUGCUGGCGGGGGACCACAUGCAGGUCACACCCAGACUCUUCAGCGUGGCCAGGGCCCAGGCGGCCGGGUGCACGCUGCUGCACCGCCUCUUCCAGCACUACCAGCAGCAGACGCACGAGGUCGCCCAGCGGAGCCGCGUCGUCUUCCACGAGAACUACCGCUCCACCGAGGCCAUCAUCAGCUUCGUCUCGCGCCACUUCUACGUGGCCAAGGGCAACCCCAUCCGCGCCAGCGGCAAGGUCCCUCGCCACCCCCGGCACUAUCCGCUCGUGUUCUGCCACGUGGCGGGCAACCCCGAGCGCGACAUGUCGAUGACGUCCUGGCUUAACGCGGCCGAGGUCGCCCAGGUCGUCGAGAAGGUGCAGGAGGUCUAUGACACCUGGCCCCACUGCUGGGGCAGCCGGGAGCAGAAGCACAUCUGCGCCGUGUCCCACGGCGCCCAGGUGAGCGCGCUGAGGCAGGAGCUGAGGAAGAGGGGCCUGGCCCAGGUGUCUGUGGGCAGCUUUGAGAUCCUACCAGGCCGGGAGUUCCGGGUGGUGGUGCUGAGCACCGUGCACAACCACAGCAGCCUGCGGGGCCCCGGGGUGCCCGCCCUGGAGUUCUUCACGGAUGCCCGUGUGCUCAACACUGUCAUGACCCGAGCCCAGUCCCAGGUGGUGGCCGUGGGCGACGCCGUGGCCCUCUGCUCCUUCGGGGCCUGCAGCAAGCUCUGGAAGAGCUUCAUCCGCGAGUGUGUGGAGCAUCGCAGCGUCUGCCCCGAGGACCUGUCGCUGGAGCAGAUCAAGCAGGGCGUGGUCCAGAGGCAGCGCUGGCCCCUCCAAGCAGGGAGACCAGUGGCGGUGGGGGCUGCGGACACUGUCCUGGAGCAGGGGGCAGCAGGGGCCCCAGCCACACAGCACACGGCCGUGGCGAAGGUUGAGCCAGGGGCUGUGGCUGAGGGGGGUGCGUCCCGGUCCAGGGCCUCAGUGGCAGAGGACGUGGCCACACAGAAGGCAGAGGCUGGGGACGCAGCAUCAGAGUCUGCAGCUAGGGGGCACCCAGCAGCAAAGGAGGCAGCCGCCGCGCACACGGAGGCAGGGGACACUGCAUCCGCGGGGAACUCGGUGAGGGGGGACGUGGCCUCCGGGGACGCCACCGCAAGUGGGGAGACCGAGGACCCUGAGGACUCCGAGUCUGACUUCUGGCCUUCCGACGGGGAGCUCAACGCCGAUGACUCCAUCCUGCAGGAGCUCCUGGACGAGAGCCGGAACAUGACGGUGACCGUGCGGGAGGAUGGGCUGCUGGACACCAUCCCCAGUCCCGCGUCCCCACACCAGGCCCGGCAGUACGUGAACCUGCCCCGGGCCACGCUGCGGAAGCUGCUCCGCGCGGAGCCUGAGCUGUACCGCCGCUGCGCCUUCACGCUGGAGACCUUUGAUCGGGCGACGGCCGUGCCGCUGGAUGGCACGGGCCUUGGCCCCAUCCAGGUCAGGGGCCGCCUGCACUGCGGGAUGGCCUUCACCGGGGACGAGGUGCUGGUGAAGGUCCUUGGCGGGGCUGCCGGUGACAGGGGCCCCGCGGGGCGGCUGCAGGGCCGUGUGGUGGGUGUGCUCAAGAGGAGGCGCAGCGAGCUGGUGUUCGUGUGCCGCAUGGACGAGUGGGACCCCCGCAUCAUGACCCCCAUCGACAGCUCUGUGACCAAGAUCUUUGUGGCUGAGCUGAAGGACCCGCUGCAGGUGCCCGUGCACCGCCUUGUGCAGGGCCACGUGCAGCGGGUGGGGUACGAGCGGCUCACGGCCAAAGCCCGGCGCAACCGUCUCUUCCGCGUGCGCAUCGUCCUGUGGCGGGAGCGCUUCUAUUACCCGCUUGGCAUCGUCCUGGAGGUGCUGCCCGAGGCCGACACCUGGGAGCGGGGCCUCCACGUCCUGGACCUGGAGUUCGGCCUCAGGGAGCCCUCGCCAGACCCGGCCUUGGUCGCCAAGGUGCUGCAGAAAUACCGUGCGGAGCUGGGCCGGGCGCCGGGCUGGCGGGAGGACUGCCGCUGCCUCCUGACCUUCACCGUAGACCCUCGGGGCGCCCGCAGCCUGGAUGACGCCCUCAGCGUCCGGGACCUGGGCCCCCGGUACGAGGUGGCCGUGCACAUCGCCGACGUGGCCAGCGUUUUGCCCCGGGACGGGGCGCUGGAUGUGGAGGCCCGCAGGCAGGGGACUGCCUUCUACGCCCCUGACCGGGAGCCAGUGCCCAUGCUGCCGGCCCGCCUCUCCCAGGACGCAUUCAGCCUCCUGCCAGGCCAGGACCGCUUAGCCAUCUCCCUUUUCCUCACCGUGGAGAAGGGCAGCGACCAGCUCCGGAGUCGGCGAUUUGCGCCCUCCGUGAUCCGCUCCGACCGCCAGCUGUCCUACGAGGAGGCCGAGCAGGUGAUCAAGGGGCACCCGGGUGCGGGCCUGGAGCUGCCGGCCCGCCUGGACUCAGUGGAGGCCUGCGUGGCUGCCGCGUGCCACCUCUCCCGGGCAUUGCGCCGACGCCGCCUGCUGGCUGACCGCCACUAUGAGCAGCCAGACGAGGACAGCACGCUGGGCUUCCGUGUGGCCCAUGUCAUGGUCAAGGAGUACAUGAUCCAGUUCAACAGCCUGGCAGCCGACUUCCUGGUGGGCAGCGAGCGCACGCGGACGGUCACACCGCUGCGGUGGCAGCCCACGCCCGGCAGCCGCCAGCUUGAAGCCGUGCGCGAGAAGCACAGGGGGCUGGUGCCCCUGUCGCUGCACCUCCGCCACCACCUCCAGGGCCGCGGCCCCCCCGACACGCAGCUGCACGUGCUGACCUCCCUCUGGAGGCAUGUCCAGCUUGCAGCCCACGCCCAGGACUUCCACAGGCUGGUGGACCUCGUCACCACAGACGACAUACACCCCUCGCUGGCCCCGGCAGGCCUCGACUUGCGCCGGGCCCUGGGCCGCUCUGUCUUUGGCCGCUCCAGCCAGGGCGAACAGCAGCCGGCCGGCCACUACUCGCUGCAGGUGGACUGGUACACGUGGGUGACCUCGCCCAUCCGCAGGUACCUGGACGUGGUGCUGCAGCGGCAGAUCCUGCUGGCACUGGGCCAGGGGGGCGCCACUUACUCCGCCAGGGACAUCGACGGGCUCUGCCAGGAUUUCAGCCACCAGCACGUGAGCGCCCAGAGGUACCAGCGCCGAGCCCGCAGCCUGCACCUGGCCGCGCGGCUCAAGGCCCAGCCCCAGGACAAGCUGGGCUUCGUGGUGGAUGUGGAGGCAGGCGCCCGCUGUUUCAAGCUGCUCUUCCCCGCCAACCACGAGACCCUGCCUGACCCCUGCCCCAUCUACUACCGCUCCCUGCAGCUGGCUGAGCACCCCCACAACUCGCCGGGCCGGCCAGGCCUGCGGCUUUCGUGGCGGCGCCGCAUCUACCCGGUGCAGGUGAACGGGCCGUGCCCCCCGCUGCCUGGCGCCCUGCUCGACAUGCACACCCGGCCCGUCGACGCUGCGCUGUGGCAGCAGCUGCUGGAGCUGCUGGAGGAGGAGCGGUGGCCUGAGGCGGCCGCCCUGGUGCAGGCGUGGGGUGCUGCAGAGCCCCGGCCGCGGAAGCUGGGGCGGGUGUGGCGGAGCCGCUGCGGCCACUUCGUGGAAGUGGCCCGGGAGCUGACCAGGGGGGACACGCUGCAGGUGCAGCUCGGCGCCACCCUGCAGCGAGGGCUCCUGGCACCAGCUCUGCAGCUGUGGACGGUGGCGCCUGGCCUCAGCCUCUGCCUAGAGCACGCGGAGCGGCCAGGCGACUGCUUCUCGGGCCACGUGCCCCAGGCAGGGCGGGACCGGUGCCAUGACGUGGACGAGUACUCCCGCGUGUGGGAGCCGUUCUGCUCCCUGGAGUCGGCCACCAGCGCGGUCGCCGAGAACGACUCCAUCACGCUGCAGCACGUGGGCGUAUCCUGGGCCGAGGAGCGGACGCCGCAGGGGCAGCUGCAGGGCACCUUCCGCCUGGAGGCCGCCUUCCUCCGGGAGCACUGCAUCGACAUCAGCCUCAGCCACUGCUACCUCUGCAUCCGGCUCGAGGGGCUGCCGGCCGUGCCCAACGCAGGGGGGCCGCACCCCCCGGCCAGCCCUGGCCAGCCUCCCCCGGCCACCCCACCCUGUGGGCCCAGCAACCUCGGCCCCCUCCUGAGCAUCGACCCUGACACCUACACCUGGGUGGCCCACGGGCUGACAGAGGACUGGGACCCAAAGGAGGGCAAGGCAGACCGCCAGGAGGCCCCCAAGCAGGUGCACUUCUUCAUCCACCGCACAGCCAUGGAGAAGGUUCCAGAAGAGGUGCUGAGGCCUGGCACCCGAUUCACCAUUGAGAUGCUGCCCAAGCAGCUUCCUGACCUCCGCAAGGAAGAAGCUGUGCGUGAGCUGAAGGACGCGUCCCCGCUGGCCAUCAGCAUCGCCCUAGGCCAGCCCAUUCCCCUGCCCCGCCCCCCUCCUUGCCAGCAGCCCCUCAGAAGAGGGACACCCCACCGGUUCCUGGAGCGGCAGACCUUCGACAUCCCCGGAAGCCGCCACAAGCUGAACCCCAGCCAGAACGGGGCCGUCAGGGAGGCUCUGAAGAAGCAGUUCACAGUCAUCCAGGGCCCACCAGGCACUGGGAAGACGGUGGUGGCUCUCCACAUUGUGUUCUGGCUUCACAAGGCAAAUGAGGAGCAGGCGCCAGCCUGCGGUGGGGAGAAGCGGCUGGGGGGCCCCUGCGUCCUGUACUGCGGCCCCUCCAACAAGUCGGUGGACGUCCUGGCAGGGAUGCUCCUGAGCAGGAAAGAAGAGCUGCAGCCCCUUCGCGUGUACGGCGAGCAGGCCGAGGCCACCGAGUUCCCAGUGCCGGGUGUGGGCAGCAGGGGUCCACCCAAGAAUACCCCUCGGGAGGGGAGGCCGAACCAGACCCUCAGGAGCAUCACCCUGCACCACCGGAUCCGGCAGCCUUCCAACCCCUAUGCCCCAGACCUCAAGGCGUUCGACGCCCGGCUGCAGAAAGGGGAACUGUUCUCCAAGGACGACCUCAGUUGGUACAGGAGGGUCCUGGGCAAGGCGAGGAGGUUCGAGCUGGACCGGCACAGGGUCAUCCUGUGCACGUGCUCCUGUGCAGCUUCGGUUGCCCUCAAGAGCCUGGACGUCCGGCAGAUCCUCGUGGACGAGGCGGGCAUGGCCACAGAGCCCGAGACCCUCAUCCCCCUGGUGAACUUCUCGACGGCCGAGAAGGUGGUUCUUCUUGGGGACCAUAAACAGCUGCGGCCUGUGGUCAAGAAUGAGCAGCUGCAGAACCUGGGUCUGGACCGGUCUCUCUUCGAGAGGUACCACAGGGAUGCCUACAUGCUGGAUACGCAGUACCGCAUGCACAAGGACAUCUGUACCUUCCCCUCCAUGGAGUUCUACAAGAGCAAGCUGAAGACCUGGCAGGGCCUGAGGAGGUCGCCCAGCAUCCUGGGCCAUGCCGGCAAGGAGAGCUGCUCUGUCAUCUUUGGCCACAUGCAGGGCCAUGAGCAGAGCCUGCUGGUGUCCACGGACGAAGGGAAUGAGAACUCCAAGGCCAACCAGGAGGAGGUGGCAGAGGUGGUUCGCAUCGCCAAACAGCUGACCUUGGGCAGGACAGUGGAACCCAAGGACAUCGCCAUCCUCACACCCUACAACGCACAGGCCACAGAGAUCAGCAAGAGCCUCGUGCAAGAGGGCAUCACGGGAGUGACCGUGUGCUCCAUCACCAAGAGCCAGGGGAGCGAGUGGCGCUAUGUGCUGGUGAGCACCGUCCGCACGUGCCCAGAGAGUGACCUGGACCAGCGGCCGACUAAGGGCUGGCUUAAGAAGUUCCUGGGCUUCGUGGUGGACCCCAACCAAGUGAACGUAGCCAUCACCCGGGCCCAGGAGGGGCUCUGCCUCAUCGGAGACCACCUCCUCCUGCAGUGCUGCCCUCUCUGGCGUCGACUCCUGGACUUCUGUGAGGCCCAGCAGAGCCUUGUGCCCGCCGGCCAGGUGCGGGUCCGGAGGAGACCAGCCGUGUCCUUCUGAAGAUCCCUACCUGCCUGCUGCCCUCAAGCUGCCAGGAUUGUGAAGAAACGCCCCAGGCCCUCCUGGGCUGGCCAGCCUGGUGGGGCCCACUCAGCGGAAUCCCAUGUGCCUUAGUGGUCACUGCCAGCCACCAUCUGGCCACCUGCGCCUGGCUGCCUGGGCAGGGGUCUCGGUGGCCGGCCGUGGUGGUGCACAAUAACCAAGUUCCUGAGUCCUGGCUUCUCCCCAGGGGGGAGCAGGCCAGGCAGCACCCUGCCGUUGUACAUAACCUUGGAGGAGACCCCACCCUCCCU